GGAAUAGAACGCGUCGCUUACACCUCACUCACAAUUCCCCAUUUCCACCUCUACUUAAGCAUCCUCUUUCCUUUCCUUUGCAUACUCAACAAGCAAAGCAACUUAGCAACCAUUCCAUUUCAUUCCUUCCUUACUUCCGUAUUCUCUCUCCCUCGAGAUCUGUGCUUCCUUCCUCUUCGUAAGUGUCGGCUAAUGGCUUCUGAAUCGGAAACUGUCACUGUGGAUGUUUCUGAGGUACCAACAAUUGCAGUGUCUGAAAUCGUGAUGAAUGUUAAUUUUGCUGAAGAAAUGGCUCCACCAAUUGAGACCCCAAACAAGAUUCCCACCGCGAACUACACCUCACCUCCACCUCUGAAUGAGAGGAUCCUUUCAUCAUUGACUAGGAGGUCUGUUGCUGCACACCCAUGGCAUGAUCUUGAGAUAGGUCCUGAAGCUCCCAAGAUCUUCAAUUGUGUGGUUGAAAUUGGAAAAGGAAACAAGGUGAAAUAUGAACUUGACAAGAAAACUGGACUUAUUAAGGUUGACCGUGUCCUUUACUCAUCAGUUGUGUAUCCUCACAACUAUGGGUUUAUCCCCCGCACUAUUUGUGAGGAUGGUGACCCCAUUGAUGUCUUAGUUAUUAUGCAGGAGCCAGUUCUUCCAGGCUGCUUUCUUCGUGCCAAAGCUAUUGGUCUCAUGCCCAUGAUUGAUCAGGGUGAGAAAGAUGACAAGAUCAUUGCUGUCUGUGCUGAUGAUCCUGAGUAUAGGCAUUACAAUGAUAUCAAGGAGCUCCCUCCACAUCGUUUAGCUGAAAUCCGUCGUUUUUUUGAAGAUUACAAGAAGAAUGAGAACAAGGAAGUUGCAGUUAACGACUUUCUUCCUUCCUCAUCUGCCUUUGAAGCUAUCGAGCAUUCCAUGACCUUGUAUGCAGACUACGUUGUGGAGAGUUUGAGGCGGUAGUAUUGAUGCAUAUGGGAUUUUGUUUGGUCUUGAAGAUGUUUUGAAGACUGCAAUUUUAUAACUAUGAUUACGACGAAAAAAAAUGAUUUGUACCGUAAUCCUAUCCCUAUAUAGCUAGCAUGUACAUUUGUCUCCCAUCUGACAACACAUGCAUAUUCUCUACACAUAUUUGUGCUUAACUUUGUUAAAUUUUGGAUUGUUCAAUGAUAUAUUCGUUUAUUAAUAUACAAAUCUGUUUAAUAUCA